CUGUGGAGAGCUAUUGGCUGGGUACAGAGGGGCCCCGCCCCCCUACUCCCUCCCUCUGGUUCCACUGAAGUGGGCAAAAUCCCUGAGAAGCAGCGGUGUCCGUAGCCUCUCAUUCGGAGCCGAGAUGGGGAGUAAAGUGGCGGACCUGCUGUACUGGAAGGACACGAGGACGUCGGGAGUGGUCUUCACGGGCCUCAUGGUCUCCCUGCUCUGCCUCCUGCAUUUUAGCAUCGUGUCCGUGGCCGCCCACGUGGCCCUGUUGCUGCUCUGCAGCACCAUCUCUCUCAGGGUUUACCGAAAAGUGCUGCAGGCCGUGCACCGGGGGGACGGCGCCAACCCUUUCCAGGCCUACCUGGAUGUGGAUCUGACCCUGACUCGGGAGCAGACAGAACGUUUGUCCCAGCAGAUGGCCUCCCACGUGGUCUCUGCGGCCACGCAGCUGCGGCAUUUCUUCCUGGUAGAAGACCUCGUGGACUCCCUCAAGCUGGCCCUUCUCUUCUACAUCUUGACCUUCGUGGGUGCCGUCUUCAAUGGUUUGACUCUCCUCAUUCUGGGAGUGAUUGGCUUAUUCACAGUUCCUCUGCUGUACCGACAGCACCAGGCCCAGAUUGACCAGUAUGUGGGAUUGGUGACCAAUCAGUUGAGCCACAUCAAAGCUAAGAUCCGAGCUAAGAUCCCAGGGACCGGAGCCCUUGCCUCGGCAGCAGCCGCAGUCUCCGGAUCCAAAGCCAAAGCCGAAUGAAAGCGGUGUCUCUGCCCGCGGGACGCCUGCCCCCACCCUCUGUACCCCUCUGCCCCUCUCCAUCUCCCUUCCAUCCCCACCCUCUCCCCGCCUCAGCCGGAGCGGUUUCCUGGUGGAUGUCAGGAUCACUCACACCUGGGAGUUUGCGCAAAUUGCCUGAGCGGCCAGGACUACAUUUCCCAAGAGGCUCUGCUCUAGGAGCCCGGGAAAGGCGAGGCACCUUGGCCGCGGGGCCUGCUGGGACUUGUAGUUGCCUAAAUAGGGCACCCGCCCUACACUUCCGUGACCCCGCCGCUGGAGGCGCCGUGAGGGGCUGGUGUCUCCUGGACGCCAGUAGCCCCAACGCCGGGGCUUUGCAUGGGGCCCAGGGGAGGCCUGAGCUUGGAUUUACACUGUAAUAAAGACUUCUGUGGAAAAC